AUGCCUACUAUACCAGUUGAUAAAGAGGAUCUCUUCAAGUUGUUAGGUAGGUCCUACACUACUGAAGAGUUUGAUGAGUUGUGUUUCCAAUUUGGUAUUGAACUUGACGAGGACACCACUGAAGAGUGUCAAGGUGAUGAGAGACCCCAGUUAAAAAUUGAAGUCCCUGCAAACAGAUACGACAUGUUGUGUAUCGAGGGUAUCGCUCAAGCCUUGAAUGAAUUUUUGGGAAAUAAGGAACUGCCAAAAUACACUUUGAAGCCAGAAACACCCGAGAUCACACUUACCAUUAAGGAAUCGACUUUUCCCAUUCGUCAAUAUGCUGCCUCAGCCAUUUUGAGAAAUGUCACUUUUGAUCAAAGGUCGUAUGAUUCUUUUAUUGCUUUACAAGACAAGUUGCACACUAACUUGUGCAGAAACAGAACUUUGGUAGCUAUCGGAACCCAUGAUUUGGACACUUUGACUCCUCCAUUCACAUACGAGGCAUUGCCACCAAAAGAGAUCAAAUUCAAGCCAUUGAACCAGUCAAAAGUCAUGAACGGAGAGGAGUUGAUGGAGUUUUAUGAAAAGGAUAAGAACAUUGGUAAAUACUUGCACAUUAUCAGGGACUCGCCUGUUUACCCAGUGAUGUUGGAUGCAAACAGAACUGUUGCUUCAUUGCCACCGAUUAUCAACUCUGACCAUUCAAAGAUAACUUUGGAUACAAAGAACGUUUGGAUCGAUGUGACAGGGACUGAUAGAACCAAGACUGAAAUUGUUAUUGAAACUUUGGUUGCAAUGUUUUCGAGGUACAGCAAGACACCUUUCGAAAUUGAACCCCUCAAGAUCAUUUCCGAACACAAUGGUGAGACACGUGUGACCCCCAACGUAACUCCAAGAGAAGCUAAAGCUGAAGUGUCGUAUAUCAACUCAUGUUUGGGUUUGAAAUACUCUGGAGAGGAGAUUGCCAAGUUAUUGAAGAAGAUGUCGUUACAAGCCGCCCCAUCGAAAGACGACAAGGAUAUCCUUGACGUCAAGAUUCCUAUUACGAGAUCGGACGUUUUACAUCAAUGUGAUAUUAUGGAGGAUGCCGCUAUUGGAUACGGAUAUGACAAUUUGAAAAAGACCAAGCCAAGCAGUGAAAGUAUGGUUGCGUCCGCGUUGCCUGUAAAUAAAGUCGCUGACAUUUUGAGAUUGGCCAGUUCACAAGCCGGGUACCUGGAAGUCAUGCCAUUGACUUUGUGCUCCCAUGAUGAAAAUUUCGGCUGGUUGAGGAAGAAGGAUGAUGGAACUACUGCUGUGAAGUUGGAGAACCCCAAAACAAUCGAGUAUCAAGUUGUUAGAACCACAUUGUUGCCAGGUAUCCUAAAAACAAUCAAGGAGAACAGAAAGCAUUCAUUACCAAUUAAAGUGUUUGAGUGUGGGGAUAUUGUCUUGAAGGACCCUAGUUUGGAAAGAGGUGCAUUCAACCAACGUAAUUGGGCUGCUGUAUAUGCCGGUAAAACAUCCGGUUUCGAAUAUGUCCAAGGGUUGUUGGGAAAGAUUAUGCAAACUAUGAGAACUCCAUGGUUGGAAAACCCAACAAAGGAUGAGAGAAGGGGAUACUGGAUUGAAGAAGAUAAGACAAACUCAACAUUCUUUGAUGGUAGAGGAGCCAAGGUUUUCUUCAGAAGUCAACCUAAUGGCGAAGCUAAAGAAGUCGGAAGCAUCGGAGUUUUACACCCCGAAGUUAUGAACAAUUUCGAUAUUCCAUAUGCUGCUUCAUCCGUUGAAUUGAAUGCCGAAGUGUUUUUGUGA